UGAUGAAACAAAUGGAAUAAGAAACAAGAACGACGAUAAUGAUCUCUUAUAGCAUCUCUAAUCCACAUUGAUAUUUAUUUCUAUUAUAACAUUUACAGUUAAAAUCACUCUAUCUCAUUUCUAUUUCUUCUUUUAAAAUAAAGAUUUUUUCUAUUUAUAGAGAAAGAAAUUGAAUUUCUCUAUAUUUUACUCUAUAUUUGGAGAUUGAUAUUUUACAGAAAUACAUUGAAGAAAAUCUCAUUUUAAGUUCCUCUAUUUUAUAGGAAAAGAUAACAAAAAUAUAUUGGAGAUAUUCUUAGAAUAUUGAUGAAACUGUGGGAUUAAUAUUGGCAAUUGGGAUUGAAUGAUAUUAUGGUAUUAUGUACUUUUCUAAGACCUUUUUAUAUGUAGAUAAACAAAGCAUUUAUUCUAUUGACUAUUGUAACAUUUUUUUAGGUGAAGCUUCUUAAAAAAGACUAGUGUAUCUUUAUAUAGGGACAGCUUUAUUACUUUCAUCUUUUUCUUACUUUAAAUUUAGUUUCAUUUUCAAUGAACUUAAGGAAUAGCUCCUACUUUUAGUUGUCUUUUUCAAUUCUAAAAAUAUUAACUGAUAUAUAUUAUCGGUCUCUUAAAUAGACAACUUUUAGUUUCUACUUACUUCAACUAGUUUUUCUUGCUUUUGGUCUAAGUUUUUUUUUUGUUUUGAGAAAAGCUUUUGGUCUAAGUUGUUUGUUUUUAGUUCACUUUAAGAGAACAUUAAACUAAAGUUGCAUUCGUAAAAACGGAUGUGUAAUAAACUUAUGCCUAGAUACUUGUUUAUCUGGUUUAUUAGUUGUUGAAACUAUAUAUUUUAGAGUAAAUUAGCUAAAUAUACUAACAAAGGUGGGAUAUCAUUGAAUGGGGGGAAAAUGGUAAUGUUGGGGGGAAGAAAAUUGGAGGGAUAUAGGGUAUGGAGUGCAAAUAGGGGAAAAGUGGUGUGUAGGGAGUACAAAUUCUCUAUAUUUUAAUGUGAAUUCGGAUAGUCGGUAAGGAGAAACGAUCUAAAAAACUAUAAGGACCAAAGACGUAUACGUAUUCAUAUACCAAGUUGAAGAUUCCGUCUAAAACUACAUCAAUAUUUCUAUUGUUCAUCUUUACUCUUUGGGAUUAUGAUCAUCUCCGUCUUGCUGCUGUCUACAUGAGCGAUUCAAACCACAGCCAGGCGGUAUGGUGGUGACCGAAACAAAUACGAAGGAAGAGUUGGAGGCAAUAAUCUUGUGAGCAGGAAAAAAUAUCAAUAAUUGUAUGAAAAAUGAAGAAAUAUAUCACGUAGGUUCUGACUCGUUUAGUUUUAGAGGGAUCGUGGGACUAUUUGAAAGGAGAAACUAUAAAAGCAUAAAGUAAAACAGUACUAUAAAAGAUUUUUCCACUGAUAAUCUUAAGUGGGAAGUUCUUCUACGUUUAGACGAUAUCAAAUCUGUUUAUAUUUUUCCUACUAAAAUAGAAACGGUUUAGAGAACUAAGAGUCUAUAAGAACAUUUCAUCAAUAGAUUUCCACUUUUCUCAUUAUUACUAGUUUAGCUUUUAUUUUGUAAAGUUUAUUAUUUAUUUAAUUUGUAACAAAGUAUCAUUAUUAUAAUUACAAGAUAUAACCUAAUAAUGAUGUUCUAAGAGUAAUUGUUUUUAUUCUAUUUUAUUUUUGAUUAGAUUUUUUUUUGUCACGAUUUUGUUUUUGAUUAGAUAGUUUUCAUUAAAUCGGUGAAAACUUUAAAAUACUUGUUUCUUACAACAACUAUCUUGGUUGGGUGAAAACAUACAUCUUCAAACCCAGAAAAAAACACAAACAAUCAAAGUUUAAAUUAUUAUUUUCAGAUUAAUUUUAAAAUUUUCGGGUGCUUUGUAAUAGAUUUAGGUGGAUUUUAAUUCAGUUGGGUUUGAAUUGAUUUAUACAUAAUUUAAUUAAUAUUAGCUUCACUAAAUUGGGCUUGGCCCACUAAAUUCAAUCUCAGUGGCUUGUUUAUUUGGCGUUCAACUCUAGCAAGGGAUAUGCCACAUCAAUAUGGUUGACAAUCAUUUAACGGCAAUGAAGUUUUACGCAAGAUUUACAGUUUCUUCGUGGUCGCAAGUUAAGUUUUCGAUAUCUUGAUGUGGUUUUCAGACAUAAGCUUUAACCUAGUGUACAAGUACCUUCUUCUUUUUUUGGUCAAAAGUGUACAAGUACAUAUAUUUAUUUUCCAACACAACAAUGAAUCUUUACAAACCAAUAAAUUAAAUAGCGUGUUAUGGCUAUUUAUUCGAGCUUAUAAUCCUUUCCGAUUUCUGAAUUAAGAUUUUAAGAUGUAGUAGUAUGACUUAUGAUCUUCUUUCUAUUGACUUGUUUUGGGUUAUGAAAUUAGCUAUAGCUAUCGUUUUCUCCCACGAGAUUAGUUUAACAGAUUUUGCGGCAACUUAAAUGUCCUUUUCAACUGUAAAAUGCUACUCUAUAUUAUACUCUCUAUACAUAUGUGUAUAACAGUAUAUGUAAAUUUAUAAUAAUAUUAUCAAUAGCCGUCAAAUUGUCUUUGUCAUCUAAAAGUAAUUCUUAGGGCAUCUCCAACCCUACUCCAUUUUUGACUCCAAACUCAAUUAUGGAGUAAAAUCUUCUCCAACCCCACUCCAUAUUCAACUCCAAAAUGGAGUAAUAGCUAGGGUUACUCCAUUUAUGGAGUAAUCUUACUCAUUACUCCAUUUUGGAGUUGAACUUUUUAUAUUUAUGAAAUGGUCCUUUUGAUUUUUAAUGUUUUUAUUUCAUACUUAAAAUAACAUAAUAACAUAAAAAAAUAAUACUCCACAAAAGAUUACUACUUUAUAGUUUACAGAAAAUAUGCAUAAACUCAUAAAAGUCAAAACUAAAAAUAAAAAAAUAUAAAAUAAAUAUAAUGUAAUAUAAAUAAGUAAUUUAAUAAUUAAUUCGGUAAAUUGUUUUUGAAACUACCAAAAGCAGUGAAGUAUUAUUCAAACAGAAUAGAUGAGUUUUUUAAUUUUGUGGGUCAAAAUUUUGAUUGAUAACAUUUGUACUUAUUGAACUUGAUAUAUGCACAAACAAAUAAUAGGACCCAAUACAUAAUUCAAAUUACAAAACAAAACUUUAUUUUUUCUUUAUGUUCUUUUAAUGCAUAAAAAUAUUUUUGAAUUAGAAAAAUUGCAUAUGAUAAAAUCUGCACGAAUUGAAAUUGGAAGAUAAUCUCUAGUUGUAUUUUUAAUGAUAAAUAUUUAAUUUAAAUAAAAUAUAUUAUUAUAGAAAUUUUGUAAACAUAAAAUAGUUGGGUUAAUUGUUAAUUUUUUAUAAGUUGAAGGUGCUAAUAACAAUUAUCAACUAAAUGAAAAAAAAAUCCUUUUGUUUGGAGUAAAAAAUAGAGUAAUACAUUGGAGUAAAAUCCAACUCUAUUUUAGAGUUACACCAUUUUGGAGUAAAAUUUGGAGUAAUACAUUGGAGAUGCUCUUAAUACCGUCGUGGGAAGCGUUGAUUGGUUUGCCUUCAAUAUAAAUUUCAUAUUUCAUUUGGGUCUGUCUCACCUACCAUUAAUUACUUUACUUUUAAUAUUUUAGUGAUAACGUUCUUUGCAUAUUUGCAACAUAUAUUAAUAUUGCUUCUCACUAAUUUAUGCUUCCGUUCUAUGUAUCGAGCCAGGAGAUGAAAAUAGUUUGUUGACACUUUGGCUUUUUCCUAUGCUUUUAAAACCCAUAUAUUUGGCAUGACCAUUACCACAGACUUUUAAAUUAUGAUUAAGGCAGUUCCUUUAAAUGUAGCCUGAAAUUGUAAUAGUGGUUAUAAUGGAUAAAGAAGUGAAAAGACUUGAUAUUACAAACAGAAUAACAACAGAAAGAAAAUGCAAUCAUUAAGUAAACAAUUCAAAAAAAAAAUUGACAAAAUUUGCAAUUCUAAAUGUUACAUUUAGGAAUUGCAAAAGUUCAUAUUUAUUUGUUAUUUAGCUAACGGUAUUUCACAUUAUGUUGAUUUAAAUUCUGAUUAUAUAUGAUUGUGUAAUCAUUUAAAACAUGCAACACUGAAGAGCCGAUUUAAAAAGAGACUACUGCUAUAAGUAUCAGAACCUGUAAAUCUAGUUUUUAAGUACUUGCAAAAUCUUUCAGUGUACAAUUGUCCGAACAGCAUCCCGUGGAUUUUCCAGUAGAAUCAAUCAUUGGUUGAUUAAUGACACGUGUGAGGUAAUCAAAACCGUCCACUCGCCCUCGCAAAGAAAGCCGGCUUUAGAAUAAAUUGAGGUCUUCAAAGCAUUUAUUUUCAGAAGUUUUAUUUCAUUUUUUGUUUUUUUUUUGGAUUUGUACAAGAGAAAUUUAGAACUAUAACCAUAAAAUAUUAAUUAUUACAUGACCAAUUCUAAAGACUCCAAUAUUUUCUAUAUAAUAUGAAAUACUUUUUUUAAAAAAACAGACAGUAUUCAUAUAUAAAAAAAUAUUUAUCUCUUCAGUUUUAAUUACUUUUGAUUUCUUAAAAUAAUAAUCAUAAUUUAUAACUAAAUUUGAAAAUAUUUCAAAAUUUUUAUAUUGAAAAAUGUAUUGUACUUCUUUUUUUACAACAAAUGUAUUGUACUUUAUAUAUUGAUGUGGUUAGUAGAAUAACACAUAAUUUUGGUAUAUUUUGAUGUAUAUAUAAUUAUAAAUCAUUAUAUCUAAAUGAAAAAUUCUCCCUGCAAACGACGCUUAGCUUCUUACUUUAUCAAUACUCAUAAUAUAUCAAGUAUAUGAACCCGUCAAAUAUAAUGGUAUAUACGUCACACAAUUAAAAAGUAACAUAACGUAACGUGUAUAUAGCUUCAUAUUUGUAUACAAUUUCUUUAUGAGAAAAAAAAAACAUCCGGAAAAGAAUUUAAUUUUUGUUGUUGAAUAUCAACAAACCCUUUUUUUUUAACAAGUACAUACCAAUUAACUAAAUUCUCUCUUAUUUUACAAAAAAAAAAACUAAAUUCUCUCUUGUAUUGCGUGCAAACUAGAAAAAUUCAAACUAGAAAUACAACAGUAAAAAUGGCAACUUGAAAGUAAAACCAUCACCAAUGUAUUUUGAUAUAUUUUCUUCUAGAAUAGAAAAUCUCUAUAAUAAAGAUGUGUUUUCUCUAAUAUGUUCUUAUAUAAUAGCAAUAUUCAUAAUAUAGAGCAAAAAAAACUAUUUUUUCUCUUAAAUAGGAAAAAAAUAAUAAUCUCUUUUCUAAGAGAAGAGAGAGCAACGUUGGAGUGAAAUUGAUUCUAAAUACAUUCUAAAGGUAAAAAUAUCAAUGAGUUGAAAAUACUCUAAAACUGCAAUAAAUGACUAUAGAUCUAGUAAACAUCUUAAAGAAAAUAACAACUUAAUUUUUCAAAAAAAAAGAACAACUUAAGAUUUUGGUAUAUGAUAAGAUGCUUUGGACGGCCUAGUCGUGCAGACUGGUUUUAGUUCUAUCUCUUGUCCAGGUGUUACGUGUAAUAAGACGGUUGGUUUGCCUAGUAGCUGGUCAACCUCACUUAGAUCAGCAGGGACGAUUUCUAAUUCUUUAAGUUACUGUUUAAUACUCCUAAUCUAAUCUGGUUUUAAUCAAUGAAUUUAUUGCUAAUCUGGAAGCUCCCACCAAACGGAUAUCCCUUAAAUGCCUUAAGUUACAUGUUUAUCCUCGCAGUGAUCGGUCUCUGCAUGAGGGAUGUGUGCCAAGUGGAAAUUGGCAUUAGAUUGUUACCUUUUUAGGUUAGAAAAUAUAUUUAGUUGCGCAAAAAAUGAAAAUGGUGAAGCAUUUUUCUUUAUGUUCGAUCUCAGAUAUAGACAUAUACCACCAAUUUCCUAGCUUUAAAAACAAAUUAAACCAAAUAGAUAUUGUAUAAGAACUUAUGAAUAUAGCUCAAAGAAAAGUAGUGCAUAGAGUUUUAUCAUCAACAAGCAUUAAUUUAAAAGAAAAGAAAAAACAUUUACUUAUAUUUUCUUACAGUCAGCAAGAACUUAUAAAAAAAAUGCCAUCAUAGUUACAUAUAGAUAAUGCCAUCGUUAUCCUACACACAUCUCCAUAUUUUCAGAACAAAUGGCACAUUCUUGAGUCUAUAUAUUUGUAUAUCAUAAACUAUUAUUAUUACGUUAUUCAAAAGGCUCAUUAAAUAUUAUUGAUCGUAUGUAUAUAAGGUUUCUCCAUGUUGUUAUCUUGUAUAAUCAAAACACAACUUAACCAACAGAAUAAUCAAAAUCUGAAGCUAAAAACAGAUACACCAUCAUAUUACUGAAAAUAUACGUAUAAAUACAUUUAUUAUUCAUAUAUACACAAAACACAUUUAAUCCGUAACGUUAUUAUGGCGUUUGAUGAAGAUAUGAAAAUGUCGUCUUUCCUUAGAGAAGAAGAAGAAGAAGAUCACCAUUCGCUAUCGAGGCUCUCCGUCUGUUAUAACCACGACGGCGAUGAAGCCGACGUAGAGCCGUCCGACUCCGACGAAAAACAUGUCGGAGGAGGAGAGAAAGCCAUGGAGCAGCAGCUAGAGUUUUCAGAUUCCGACAAAGGGUCAACCGGUUGUCAGUCACUUCCGGCGACGCCACCGAGACGGAGAAGGCGGCGAGGUUCGACGCUGAGCUCGCCGGUGUCCGGAGAUAAAGCUUACGCGAGCGAGAACGAAGCGCGAAAGAAGAAACAAGAGAGUAACAACGAUCCUAGGAGAAGGAGGAAGUUGCGACCGGAGUAUCCACCGUGGGUGGACAGUAUGCGGAGAAACUACGUGGAGGAACAGAGCGGAUACGGCGGAGGAGUGGUGGUGGUGACGAGGCCUAUAGGAGGAGGAAGGCCAUUGUGUAUGGAUUUGGGGGAAGUCAAAGCUUGUAAAGAUUUAGGAUUUGAGCUUGAACCGGGUCGGGUCUCGUAUUCCGGGUCAACGAUGGAUACUAGUAGCGGCGGCAACUCUCCCGUCUCCUCCAGCCACCGUAUCUCUAGUCCCGGGGAUGAUCCAAACAAAGUGAAAGCUAGGCUGAAGGCAUGGGCGCACGCUGUGGCUUUUGUGUCUACCACUCAUCAUCAACGUCCUCCUAAUUCUUUUUGAUCGUUAAUACAAUCUUAUAUCGAUUUUUUCACAUGAAAAAAGAAACAAAAAGUUGCAUGCAUUUUCGAGUUGCGUUUUGAAACUUUUUGUUUGCGUUUUUUGUUUUUUUCUGUCAUUUUACGGAUUGGUUUUUUUCUCUGUGUCGACGAUGGGAUUUGUCGAUUGAUAUGGCCAUAAGCCAAAAGUAUAGAAAAAGAUUGUGUAAUAUUACGAAUGAAACUACUAAACUUUGUUGAUUGAUUUUUCCAGCAUAUUGUAAUAUUUCAACAUUAGUGAAAAAUAUUACGAAUUUAUUCUAAAAUUAAACUCACUUGUGUACCAAAACAAGAAUCGUUUCUACUCCCAUAAUGGGAGAAGAAAAUAAUAUAAGCUAAUAUAGUUUGUGUAUGAGAGUUUUACGAAGAAACUGAACUUGAAGCCAUCACUUGUGGCUCAUCAUCGAACUGAUACUUCUCGUAAACUUGAAGCAAGAGAUCACGGCAACGAACGGUGGCUCCAAGCUUGAUACAAGC